AUGCCUGGGAGUUUAGAGCCAUUGGAUUUGGGGGUGCAGAUACCAUAUCACUUCAGGUGCCCCAUAUCGCUAGAGCUCAUGCGCGACCCCGUUACGGUCAGCACUGGGCAGACCUACGACCGCCCCAGCAUCGAGUCGUGGGUCGCCACGGGCAACACCACCUGCCCCGUCACGCGGGCCCCGCUCUCCGACUUCACUCUCAUCCCCAACCACACUCUACGCCGCCUUAUCCAGGAUUGGUGCGUCGCCAACCGCUCUUUCGGCGUCGAGCGCAUUCCCACUCCCAAACAGCCCGCUGACCCGACCCACAUCCGCCACCUCCUCACCCAAUCGGCGUCUAAUUCCAACACGUACCCGACCAGGCUCUCCGCCCUUCGCCGCCUACGUGGCCUCGCCCGCGACCUCGACAAGAACCGCUCCACCAUCUCCUCCCAGAACUCCCGCGAAAUCCUCGUUCAGCUCGUGUUCGCCGAUACCGGCUCAGAAUCUUCCGAGUUGACUCACGAGGCGCUCGCGCUUCUCGUUCUGUUCCCGCUCCCAGAGUCCGACUGCGCAGCGGUGGCGUCGGACCCGGACCGGGUCACGUACCUGGCCAGGCUUGUUCAGCACUCGUCGAUGGAGGUCCGAGUCAACUCGGCCGCGUUGAUCGAGAACGUCCUGGCCGGGUCGCGGACGGCGGAGCUACGAGCUGAGAUUAGCAAUGUCGACGAAAUCCACCAAGGCGUCGUUUCUAUUCUCCGCAACCCAAUCGCGUAUCCCCGCGCGCUCAAAAUCGGAAUCAAGGCGCUCUUCGCCUUGUGCCUGGUGAAGCAGACCCGAAACAAGGCCGUAUCGGCCGGCGCGCCUGAAACGCUCAUCAACGCCUUGGCCGACUUUGAGAAAUGCGACUCGGAGCGAGCGCUGGCAACGAUCGAGCUGCUCUGCAGAGUCCCCGACGGUUGCACGGCGUUUGCUGCGCACGCGCUGACGGUGCCGCUGCUGGUGAAGACGAUACUGAAGAUCUCGGACCGAGCGACGGAGUACGCCGCCGGAGCUCUGCUGUCGCUGUGCUCGGCGUCGGAGAAGAGCCAAAACGACGCCGUGGCGGCGGGCGUGUUGACGCAACUGUUGCUGCUGGUGCAGAGUGAUUGUACGGACCGGGCCAAGCGGAAGGCCCAGCUACUGCUGAAGCUUCUUCGGGAUUCGUGGCCCGAGGAUUCAGUUGGGAAUUCUGAUGAUUUUGUUUGCAGCGAGCUCGUAGUACCAUUUUGA